GUAAUGUUUGGCAAAUUUUACAAACAAAUUUUGUUGCGUAAACAGUGACAAACUUCGGAUUGGAUCCACCAAAAAUCCAAAAUCAAAAAAGUUUCCCAGUUUAUUAUACUACGUUGUAUAAUCAUCGUCCUUCUCAAAUCUCACCUUAAUCUCAUUUCCUGCUGAUCACCAUUGUGGAGUUCACACCUGAGCUCUCACCCUACUUUUUCUCUCUCCUCUUUCGAUCUUCCGCAACAUUAUUGCCGAUUUCUUAGAUCUCAAUCAAUUUCAGGUUCCUAAACACACUCUAAAUCAAUUCAUUAAUUGUUCGAUUUCUCUUUUAUACAUUGCGCUAAUUGGAUUGAAAAAUUCAAUUGUUUAAUCUUCGAUGCGAUUCUAGGGUUUUGUGAUGAAUUUGAUCUUUAAAUCUCGAAUUCUGUGAUCGAAUCGAAGAUAGAAAGAUGGAUUGGUGGGGGAAAAAUGUAACGUUGGGAAAUUUGGAUUUUUCGGGAGCAGUGAAUAAGCUUCAAGAGAGUGUGAAGAGUAUUGAGAAGAAUUUUGAUAGUGCUCUUGGUUUGGAGGAUAAGCCUCAGUCCGGCGAUGAAGCUUCUGGACCACAAUCUUCUUCUAGCAGGAAUGCACUAUUUAACCCGGUUAUGGCAUUUAUGGGGCAUAGAGACGAAAACGAAGAUGAGGCAGAGGACAGGGAAAGUCCUCAUGAAGGGGCAAGUGGAGAGAGUAUUAAUGAUUUGCCAGAACUUUCAGAAAGCACUCAGGGUCCCUCUGUGGUCGAGGAGAAGAAAGAUGAUGGAGCUGAUACUGAAGUUAGGCAUGCUUCAGAGCCAGUGUUUCCUGCUGAAGAAGAAGAAGAGGGGGAGUUGAAAAAGCAAAAGGAUCAUGUUGCUUCUGAAGCUGUGGAUGAGGUGGUCACUAUGACAGAGGAUUCUGACGAAGUCAAAUCUGAUGCACUGGAGCCUACUGCCUCAGUUGAAUCAACAAUUCAGGAUGCUGGGCUUAUGGAGUCUAAUAAACAGCUUGAUGAGGAAGGUAUAGCUGAGGCGGGGUCCUCAGAACAUACAGAAUCAGCUGAAAGUAAAAUACAAGCUGAUCAAGUGGAUCAACUCCAUAUUGAUAAUGUUAUUACUAGGGAAACAAAUGAUGCUGUGGAGGCACAAGAAAGAGGGCAAGAUCUGGCUGUACAUAGAAGCACCCCUAAACAAGAGGAAGGGUCAAAUGAUAACCAAGCUGGAGACCCGAUUGAGCACUCAGAAACUGAUAGUUUUAUUACCGGGGUAGAAUCUGAAAGUCCUUCGGAAUCAGUCAACAAUAGCUUAUCCGCUGAACUUCCAAGUAAUCCGAUCCAGGAAAUUGUUUCUGGUCAAGCUAUUGUGGAAGGUGAUUCGAAUAUUGCAACUAUUGAAGAGUCAAAGCCAUUGAAAGAAGAUGAAGAUGGUAAAGUUGAUACACCUAUCCCAGUGACCAAUGUGUCUGACUCUGCUGAUGCUGUCCUUGAGCGGGAGAAGGUGAAGAGGGAGAUGAAAAUGAUGGAAGCUGCAUUGCAGGGAGCUGCUCGACAAGCGCAAGCUAAAGCAGAUGAGAUUGCAAAGUUAAUGAGUGAAAAUGAACAGUUGAAAUCUGUAUUGGAAGAUUUGAGGAGGAAAUCCAAUGAUGCAGAAAUUGAGUCUUUGCGUGAGGAAUAUCAUCAAAGGGUUGCAACUCUUGAGCGAAAGGUUUAUGCUCUUACCAAGGAAAGGGAUACAUUACGACGGGAGCAGAACAAGCGAAGUGACGCUGCUGCUCUUUUGAAGGAAAAAGAUGAAAUCAUUACUCAAGUCAUGGCUGAGGGGGAGGAGCUCUCAAAGAAGCAAGCUGCUCAAGAAGCUCAAAUGAGAAAGUUAAGGGCACAGAUUAGAGAAUUGGAUGAAGAGAAGAAGGCGUUGGCUACCAAGUUACAGCUUGAAGAGAAUAAAGUGGAGAGUAUAAAGAAAGAUAAGGCAGCAACUGAAAAGUUGCUUCAAGAAACGAUUGAAAAGCACCAAACAGAGCUCGCAGGUCAGAAGGAAUAUUAUACCAGCGCUUUGAAUGCAGCAAAGGAGGCUGAAGCAUUAGCAGAGGCACGGGCCAAUAAUGAAGCUCGAGCUGAGUUGGAGGGUCGUCUAACGGAAGCCGUGGAACGUGAAACAAUGCUUGUCCAAACGCUCGAGGAAUUAAGACAGACAUUAAGCAGUCAGGAGCAGCAGGCAACCGUGAAAGAAGACAUGUUACGCAGAGAUAUAGAGGACCUUCAGAAACGUUACCAGGAAAGUGAGCGCCGAUGUGAGGAACUUGUUUCACAACUGCCUGAAUCCACUAGGCCUCUCCUGCGACAAAUUGAAGCUAUGCAGGAGACGUCUUCCCGGAAGGCUGAAGCUUGGACGGCAGUUGAGAGAACACUUCAAUCUCGGCUUCAGGAAGCAGAAGCCAAAGCUGCUUCUGCAGAGGAAAGAGAGCGAUCAAUAAACGAGCGUUUAUCUCAAACUCUUUCUCGGAUCAAUGUUCUUGAAGCUCAGAUUUCGUGCCUCAGAGCUGAGCAGACACAGCUAAAUAGGUCUCUUGAAAAAGAAAGACAGAGAGCAGCUGAAAAUAGGCAAGAGUACCUCGCAGCAAAGGAAAUAGCUGAUACUCACGAAGGUCGUGCAAAACAGCUUGAAGAAGAGAUUAAGGAGCUUAAGAGAAAACACAAAAAUGAGUUGCAAGAAUCCCUUGCCCACAGGGAACUUCUACAGCAGGAGUUAGAUCGGGAAAAGACAUCUAGAUUAGAUUUGGAAAAGGCUGCCCAUGUACAGUCUUCAACAGUGUCAGAUCACAGUCCAACAUUGAAAAACAAAUCGUCACUUGAAAAUGGGAAGUUGACACGUAAACUUUCAAGCGCUAGCAGUGUGGGGAACAUGGAAGAAAGCUUCUUCUUGCAAGCUUCUCUAGACUCUUCUUCCUCUUUCCUAGAACGGAGAAAUUCUGGAGAGUCUACCAUGAAUCCUUAUUACCUGAAGAGCAUGACGCCAAGUGCCUUUGAAGCUGCCCUUCGACAAAAGGAGGGAGAACUUGCAUCUUAUAUGUCUCGCCUGGCUUCACUGGAAUCAAUACGGGACUCACUUGCUGAAGAGCUAGUUAAAAUGACAGAGCAGUGUGAAAAAUUGCGGAGUGAGGCUUCUACGCUUCCCGGCAUUCGGGCAGAACUAGAAUCCCUAAGAAGGAGACAUACUGCCGCUUUGGAGCUGAUGGGCGAACGUGAUGAGGAGCUCGAAGAACUUCGUGCCGAUAUUGUGGACUUGAAAGAAAUGUACAGAGAGCAAGUCAAUUUACUUGUUAACAAGAUUCAGACGCUGAGUUGAUAAAUGGGUGUCGCUUGAUCAUUUCAAAGUGUCUGCAUCGAAUUUUUCUUAUCCAUGAGAGUGUAACAUCAAUCUUGAAACUCGCCAAUUUGCUGCAAAUCCAUUCGUUUCAAUGUUUAUGAGUGUCUGAGUAAGAAACUGCAUCCUCUCUUGAUUAGAACUGUAUUGAUGUAUACAAAUACAAGCUGUUACCCUUUAGGAGUUCAAUACUAGUAACUUGUAGCAAAUUUCCAAUUGACCUGGAAUGAAGAAUUUUGUGAAAAUUGGGGUGUGGUAUUGUAUAGCAAGAAUACAAUAAGGAUUGGCCUUUAUAUAUUAUUAUUAUUUUGGUUGCUA